UAAAAACUAUAAAGUGUAAAUAAACAAUUUAUAUAAACAAAGAACAACUUACUUCUAAACCGCCAAAAACAUAGUGAACAAUUAUUUUCAAACAAAAAUUUAUUAUUUAAAACAAAACGUGAAAUGGUGACAAUUACCAAUUCUUAUUUAGUAUUCAAACCAUCAAUUGUUAUUACUUAAUAUUUACUACUGAAUAAAUAAAACCAAAAGAAUUAAAUAAUAAAAAUAUUUACCCCUAAAAAAGUUUCUUUUUAAAUCAUGUACUACGUGUUAGAAUCUCAUAAGCAAAAGUAACAAAGUAAAAAAAAGGAUCAUAAAUACAAACAUACAACCGCACUUAGAUACAUAUUUAAGAUCCCAGUGUUAAUGAAUUUAUUAAUCCAAAACGAUCACAAAACCUUAUUUGUAGCUUCUCGCCCAUACGCUGCAACAAAAGCAACAAGUGUUUGCUGAAACAUUUAAAAGAUUUGCUGCUGAUUUCUCAGAAAGAUGACCAACACGAAUUCCACGUCUAAAGAUAAAUCGAAUUCGGUUGUUUCGUUAACCGAUUUCCAUUCAAGAACAAAUCUCACAGAAAAAGGACAAAUACACGAUGAAUAUGAUCCCUUUGCAAAUCGUGAUCAAGAAAAUGGCAGCUCUACAGCUGGAGCAUUGGCUCAUUUAUUGAAGAGUUCCUUGGGAACGGGUAUUUUAGCUAUGCCUAUGGCUUUUUACAAUGCUGGCCUAGUGUUUGGCAUGAUCGGUACCCUGGUUGUUGGUUUCCUUUGUACAUAUUGUGUGCACAUAUUGGUUAGAACUUCACACAACAUUUGCAAAGAUGCUCGUGUGCCAUCUUUAAGUUUUUCCGAAACAGCCGAAAAAGUAUUCGAAUAUGGUCCAACGCCCCUAAGACCCUGGGCUAAUUUUGCCAAACAAUUCGUAGAUGGUUCCUUAAUGGCCACUUACUAUGCUGCUGCCUGUGUGUAUAUCGUCUUUAUUGCCACCUCGUUCCACGAUGUCAUCAACUAUGAUUUCGGUAUCAAGUGGGAUGUACGUAUUUACAUUGCAAUGACACUGGUGCCCUGUCUAUUUAUUGGCCAGAUACGCAAUCUAAAAUGGCUGGUUCCAUUUUCAGCAAUGGCCAAUGUUUUCAUUGUUGUCACGUUCGGCAUCACCCUCUACUACAUGUUCAACGUACCCAUGGUGGUCAGUGAUAAACCCUACAUUGCCAAGGUAUCACAAAUUCCCUUGUUCUUCGCUACUGUCAUCUUUGCCAUGGAAGGUAUUGGUGUAGUUAUGCCUGUUGAAAACUCAAUGAAAAAACCCCAACAGUUCUUGGGUUGCCCUGGUGUUUUGAAUACGGCCAUGAUAACUGUCGUAUCGUUGUACGCCAUUAUUGGCUUCUUUGGUUAUAUACGUUUUGGCAAGGAGGUUCGAGGCAGUAUCACAUUGAAUUUACCUGACGGAGCACCAUUGGCUGAUGCUGCUAAACUUUUAAUGGCCAUUGCUAUUCUCUUCACCUAUGGUUUGCAAUUCUACGUUCCCAAUGAUAUUUUAUGGAAGAAGAUCAGCCACAAAUUCGACCCCAAGAAUCAUAACAUUUCGCAAAUUCUAUUGAGAACUGGUAUUAUUUUAAUCAGUGGUGGUGUAGCUGCUGCCAUACCCGAUUUGGAACCAUUCAUUAGUUUAGUGGGAGCUGUAUUCUUCUCCUUGCUGGGCAUCUUUGUACCCAGUUUUGUGGAGACUGUCUACCUGUGGCCCAACAUGGGCUGGGGCAAAUGGAAAUUGAUUAAAAAUGUUUUAUUGUGUGUUUUAGCCAUUUGUGCUUUGGUAGCUGGUGCUACUGUCAGUAUUGAGGAAAUUAUUAACAUGUACAAAUAAUUUAAAGUUAAAUGUUUAACUUUAUGUUUUAUUACGUCCCUACUCCUCGUUAAUUUAGUUAAUGUAAUUAUAAAGAUUUUCGAAAGUAAGCUGGUCUUGCCAGUAAGUUGGAAUUGAUAAUUUGUUAAGUCUAAUUUAAUUUGAAAGUGAAUUCAAAAAAAAAAAAUAUAACAUACAGAAGUUUAAAAUUUCAAACACUAUUUAUUAACUUUAACUAAAUUUGCUUUUAUAAUUGUUGAAUUUAUUUAAAAAAAAGAGUUUUAAAUAUUUAUUAUGGAUUUAAAUCAUUCAAUCAAUAUCUUCUUAUUUGUGUUUCGAAGUAUAUUUUUUAAGUUUUUAGACUGCUUGUAUUUUAUUUUUUAAGUUCUAGCUUUAAGCUAAAAGAAAAUUGUUAACUGCUUGCAGAAUAUUGCAUACAUAAUAAGAAUUUACUAUUUAAGUGUUUAAUUAUAAGAAUAAUAAAAAAAUUAUAAAUUUUUUACAAAAAAUAAAAUAAAUAUGUACCUAUGUUCUUAAUAAGUUAACAAAAAUAA